UGUCUUCUGACCCAAUAAAUGUUUUGGGUCAUAACUUACCUGAACCUCAUUUGUUAUGCUUUGCCCCGUUUCUUCCUAAAUGAAAGAGCAGUUCACCGAAAAAAACGGUAAACACUUUCAGUCCCCGAGUCUUAACCCGAAUCCCGAGUCGGUGAGUAUUGGGGCAGCUAUUAUUUCUUUCUGGGCAGCAAUUGGAAGUGACUCAGUUUGCUUUGGUACUCUCAAUGGCCCGAGCACGGAAUGCCAUUGUUGCUACUGGCUUGGUGGCUUUUGCAGCUGCGGGCUUGGCAUUUCCCUUUUACAUGGCGUCAUCCCCAAAGCCUGUCAUUGACCCUUCAAAGCCACUGUCACCCCAAGCAACAUUUCGAGGGCCUUAUAUAAACACUGGUUCCCGUGACGUUGGCCCUGACCAUCAGACCUACCCAAAGAAGUGAGUAUUUUGGCAUGAUAUCUGCUCUCAGGAAGUAAACCCUAAUAAAUUAACUCAAUUUGAGUUUGCUGCUCCGGAUGAACGUACUUGUCUGGAUUGGGGACCAGGAAUGUCUUGAGUACCACAGAGCGAGAGUUCAAAAUUCUUCUCAUGUUCACUUUUGAAUGUAUUAAACUGAGUGGUAGCGAGAUGUUUAAUGCUACUAGUAGUACUAGAACUCGUUUGUGUAAAGAAUAAAGAUGCAAGAGUUUAAGUUAGACAGAGAGAGAGAUGGAUGUGAAUUGUUUUAAUUGAUUCUAAACUAGUAUUAUUAUGUUUUUUCUAAUGUAUGUUUCAAUAGAAGGAUCA